ACUAUGAUGAAUAUAUAAAUGUUUUUGUUUAUGGGGGGGUAAGAUUGCAGCAUGUGCGGGCGCGCACAUGGAAGCGUUGCCUCCAGCAUGCGCACGCACCCUGACAGUCAUCUCGGACCCGAGCAGAGUGGAGACGUCAAAGACGCAGUCAGGAGUAUUCUGGCUGCAACUCAUUUGCAACGCUUUGACUCGCUCUAACAGACCUCGACCUCACAAGGAUCGGUGACAAGCGGAUGUUGCGUUACAUGCCUCACACUAAAUAGGUCUGACUGCGAAGACUCCGCUUGUUGAAAAUGUGACACCCGAGAGGUGUUCAGGACAGCUCAACGGCAUCGUAUCGACGCCCGAGAUGUGGCCCCCGGACUUCGGACCCAUGGACCUUGGACCCCUGGACUCCCGGAUGACUCUUCCUGGUUUCUUCCGAGACGGGGAGGACCACCAGGGAACACUGUAUUCCGGGGUCCAGUCAUCAAGUGGUGUCGGGUUUUGCUGCGCGCCUAGGACUUCCGUGGCCUCUCUGGAUCUCACCUGCGGGUGCAAACCUGAAAGCACCAAGAAGGGAUUCUGCACAAGUCCUAAAAUCUACAAGGGAUUCUGCAAUAGUUCCCAGACUACCCUUCCCGUAUGCCACGAUCUUCCCGGGUGGACCGCAACUCAAAAAUUAGCGGAGGACGUAAAACAAGAGCCCGCAAAGGACACCACGGUACGUGAUCGGCGGUGUCUUUGGACCGACUGCAGCGCUACCUGCAAGAGUCAGGAGGAACUUGCGAGGCACAUCGAAAAGGUGCACGUGGACCAGCGUAAGGGCGAGGACUUUGCCUGCUUCUGGGACGACUGCAUCCGACGCCGAAAGCCCUUCAAUGCACGGUACAAGCUGCUCAUCCAUAUGAGGGUGCACUCUGGGGAGAAGCCCAACAAGUGCAUGUUUGAAGGCUGCUCCAAGGCAUUUUCUCGCCUAGAGAACCUGAAGAUCCAUCUGCGGAGCCACACGGGGGAGAAGCCGUACAUCUGCCACCACCUUGGCUGUUCCAAGGCCUUCAGCAACUCAAGCGAUCGCGCCAAGCACCAAAGAACACACCUUGACACGAAGCCGUACGCCUGCCAAAUCCCGGGGUGCGCCAAGCGCUACACCGACCCGAGCUCUCUGCGGAAACAUGCCAAGACUCAUUCGGCCAAAGGUGUGCGGGAGGCCCAGGUUCAAAUUGACUCUGUAGCGGAAUCAGCUCAAACCAGCUCAGCUCUUCCGGGCUUCAACAACGUUCCAGGUUCUUACACAAACGGAGGUAGCUCAGACUCUGUGGUGCCCCCCCGGGUGGAUGUCCACCAUUACUGCACGGAGGAAAGCUUCCAAGGGAUGGAAGCGCUGUUUGUGAGGUCAGACGACGCUCGACUGCUGCAACAACAACAACUAGCGUUCCCCAGCGAACUCUUUGGGGAGAGGAGGCUGUUUCGGCCAAUCGCUGACGAAUGUGUUGCCCAAGUGUCGGCGUAUUUCCCGCAAGCCUCGACAGCGCCCCCUGCAGGUUUCGAUUUGAUCCACGACCUGCACGACGACGACUUCCUGUUCCACACGGGAAAUGUUGACCGGCGCCUUGGUCUCAUGGACUCGUGACAACCGUGCCGGAAAACCAGGGAAAACAACAA